AGUUCGAAACAGAUGGCUUCGCAGUUAUAGAGGGACUUUUUUCACCGCAAGAGGUCGAGGAAAUGAAGAACGAGGCCAACAAUUUGAUCAAACUUAUGCCAGGAGAAUCUAAGAGGGCAGUAUUUAGUACUACAGAUUCUGAAUCUCAACAGAACAAAGACAAAUAUUUUUUGGACAGCGGUGACAAAAUAUCAUAUUUCUACGAACCAGGAGCACUAGGACCUAACGGGGAAUUGUUGGUUGAACCAGAAGUAUCCUUGAACAAAAUUGGCCACGCCCUCCACGAAUUGAACCCCGUAUUUAGAAAAUAUACGUUUUCAGAGAAAAUCAAAGAAGCCGCGUUCCAACUAGGCUUUGAAGAGCCCGUAAUUCCCCAAAGCAUGUACAUAUUUAAAAAUCCCAAAAUUGGAAGCGAAGAAAAUGAUUCAACGGAAAAAUCUAGAAAAUUAACAAACGUAACUGCCCAUCAAGAUGCUUCAUUCCUACACACUGAACCAUUAAAAGUGGCUGGUUUCUGGAUAGCCUUGGAUGACUCUACAAUAGAAAAUGGCUGUCUAUGGAUCGCGAGCAAAUCACACACCAGUGGUGUACACAGAAGGUACAUCAGAAAUCCAGACAAAGAUUCCGACGAACUUCUCGUGUAUACUUCUGGAGCCCCAUAUUACCAAAAAAGUAAUUUUUCUGCCGUCCCAGUUCCAAAAGGCAGUUGCAUCCUUAUCCACGGCCAAGUAGUCCACUACAGCGAAGCAAACAAAUCUAGUAAACCUAGGCAUGCGUAUACCUUCCACGUUAUAGAACAAAAAAAUACGACUUAUUCAAAAGACAACUGGUUACAGCCAACGAGAACGUUUUUAAAUCUGUAUAGAAAUUAA